AUCUGGUUUAAUCACUUGCCGCUAAAAUGGAGUAUUAUGUGGAUAUGAGUUUUACCGAGAAUUACCUAUUGUCCAAAGAGGAGUUCCACCUUGAAGGAAACAUCUCGUUGGACUUUAAUGGAAUCCAAACCCCAAAGAUUAAGAUUCCUAGUGUAGAAUUAGAUUUAAAGGAUUUCCCUGACCUAAGUCAGCCGUUGCCGGAAGUAUCCAUUCGCGAGCAACUGCGUCUGACCUCCUUGAACCGCGUCAAAGUCCUCAGCUGGCAGCGAGGUCAACAGAAACAUUUCCUGGAUAUGUGGCAAUCCCAUUUACCCGGAAAUCAAGUUAAGGAAUUAAACCAUGGAGAGACAAGCGUUGAUUGAUGGCCAUCCAAGGAGUUUUUUUCUGGCUACAACUUAUGACAGAUAGUGUGAUAGUGCCAUGUGUACAUUUCCAACGAAUUGAUAUGUACAAUUAACAAAGGAAAAACCACAAAUAAAACAUGAGAAACCCAAAAUAAA